GAAUGUCCUAAAGAACCUUACAGAAGCUUCCAAAAGGAACAAGUAGAUUACAUUAAUUCUUUUGAUGAAGUACUUCUGGAUGUCGACGGCGUAAUAUGGCUCAAUAGUACUCCAAUCCAGGGCGCAGUGGAUUGCGUAAAUAAUCUUAAGAAACUAGGAAAGAAAAUUAGAUAUGUCACGAACAAUACAAUAAGACCUACACCGACCAUUGCAAAGAAUCUGACUGAGAAAAACUUCAUUACAAAUCCGGAAGAUAUUGUAACUCCCAAAGAAACUACUAUUGCCUACUUAGACCAGUUAAAUAUUAAAGACAAAGAUAUAUUUAUAAUAGGAACACAAAAUAUGAAAGAGACGAUUCGGAACGCUGGAUACAAACUUCUUCCUGAUCCACCAGCUGUAAUUGAAGAGGGAAUAACUAGCACUUUAUCCUACUACGAAAAUAAUGCAAAUGUUGGAGCAGUUAUAAUAGAUUUUGACUUCAAUUUUAAUUUUAUAAAACUACAAAAAGCUUUUUGGUAUUUAAAUCAACCAAAUACCGCCUUUAUUAUAACAUUAGAUGAUCGCUUAGCACCAGUGGGUGACAAGGGACCUAUCAUCACUCAGUAUUUUGCAGCACAAGCUCUCAAAGAGGUCACUAACAAAGAACCUGUUUUAAUGGGAAAACCAUCAGAUAUCUGUAUAAACUUUAUCAAGGAGAACUUUAAUAUUAAGGACUGCAGUAGGACAUUAUUUGUUGGAGACUCUAUUACAUCAGAUAUGAGCACAGGAGCUAACGCUGGCUUCCAAAAUCUUCUAGUGCUAAGUGGUAUUUCAACAAUAGAAGAUAUCAAAGAUUGGAAAUAUCCUGAAGAAUAUAAACCUGAGUACUAUAUUAAUAGUCUAAAUGAUCUCAAUAAUAUUAUUAAAGUAAAUUUCUCUCUAACAUAA